AUUGAGUUAUUGAAGAGAGAAUGAUAUUAAUUGUUGAAAAUUGUGAUAUGUGAAAAUAAGAGGUGAUAGUUAAGAGUAUACUGAUAUUAAAUAUUAAUGAGAGAAUAAAUAAGAUAAAUUAUCUUGGGUUUCUGAAACAACAAAAAUUAUAGAAAACAUAAAAGCUGAAACAACAGUAGUAGUAUAUUAAAGAUAACAACAUUAAAUACAUUCACAACUUGAAAUUAACAAUAGUUAAGGACUAGUACUAACGAACAAACCUCUUACAUUUCCCAAUACUAGAAGAAAAAGUGAGGAAGUACUUUGAUGAUGAUCAUCAAGAGAUCAAAUUCACUAUCCUAAAAGAUAUUGGGAGUAGAUCCACAUUUUACAUCAUCAAGAUGGAAAAUGCAGCUAAUUCAACAAGUUUAAGUAUCUAUUCAAUGACACAGAGGAAUAAGGAAUACUCUUCUUUGGAAAUUAGCAAAGCUCUUCGAUUUCACAAUGCUUCAACAUUAUCAGUUUAUUUUCUAUGCCUAUAAGUUCAUUGCUUGUCUCAGUCUCAAGUCUCAACUCAUUCACAUCUUGAGAAGCCAAAAGACCAGAAUUUCUCUGUUCUUUGCUCUGUAGUGGUUAAGCUCAGCCAUGGCAACCAGGGAAAAAGGAAAAGCUAUAGGCAUUGACCUCGGCACAACCUAUAGCUGCGUAGCUGUGUGGCAAAACCACCGUGUCGAGAUCAUUCCAAAUGAACAAGGCAACCGUACCACCCCUUCUUAUGUCGCCUUCACUGACACCAAAAGGUUAGUCGGCGAUGCUGCCAUGAACCAAGUAGCAAAGAAUCCGCAGAACACCAUUUUCGGCACCAAGCGUUUGAUUGGUCAGGGAUUCUCCGACCAAUCAGUUCAGCAGGACAUGAAGCUGUGGCCUUUCAAGGUUGUCCCGGGAACCAGAGACAAGCCCAUGAUUGUGGCCACCUACAGGGGUGAAGAGAGAAAGCUUACAGCUGAAGAGAUAUCUUCCAUGAUGCUGUUCAGGAUGAAGGAGGCUGCUGAAACUUAUCUGGGUCAUGAAGUGAAACGUGCCGUGAUCACUGUCCCUGCUUACUUCAACAACGCACAGAGGCAGAGCACUAAGGAUGCAGGAGAAAUCGCUGGUUUUGAUGUGGUGAGGAUCAUCAACGAGCCAACAGCAGCUGCUAUUGCUUAUGGGUUGGACAAGAAGGAAAAGAUGGAGGGUAGACAGAAUGUGCUGGUAUUUGAUCUUGGUGGUGGUACUUUUGAUGUUUCCUUGGUCACCAUCGAUGAAGGGAUGUUUAAGGUUAAAGCCACAGUAGGAGAUACCCAUUUGGGUGGUCUGGAUUUUGAUAACAAUUUGGUGAAUCAUGUUGUGGACGUGUUCAAGAGAAAUCACAAGAAGGACAUCAGUGAGAAUGCCAAAGCACUGAUGAGGUUAAGAUCAGCGUGUGAGGAAGCUAAGAGAAUGCUGUCUUCCACUUCUGAGACCACGAUUGAGCUUGAUUCUCUGUGUGAAGGGAUUGAUCUACGUGUCACUAUUACGAGGGAUUUGUUCGAGAAGUUGAACAAGGACUUGUUCAGAAAGUGCAUUGAGACAGUGGAGAAGUACCUGUUUGAGGCAAAGAUUGGUAAAAGUGAAGUCCAUGAGCUUGUGCUUGUAGGGGGGGGGGGUACUAGAAUUCCAAAGGUUCAGGAAUUGUUGAAGGAAAUGUUCGGUGUCGAUAUAUGGCCAAGUUUUUGCAAGAGCAUCAGUCCUGAUGAAGCUGUGGUAUAUGGUGCGGCGCUCCGGGCUGCAAUGUUGAGUGGUGAAGUGGAGGAUUUGUUGCUGAUGGAUGUGGUGCCACACAGUCUUGGAGUUGAGAUUGAUUGUGGUGUUAUGUCUGUGUUGGUUCCAAGAAAUAGCAUGAUCCCCACCAAGAAUAAGAGCGCUUUCUCCAUCUUCUUCAAAGAUCAGAAUUAUAUUUUGAUAAAAGUGUAUGAAGGAGAAGAGAGCAGGUCAAAGGAGAACUUGUUCCUCGGGGAGAUUGAGGUGUCAGGGUUGUCUGAGAUCAAUGUUUGUUUUGAAUUAGAUACUGAUGGCAUUGUCAAGGUCACAGCAGAAGGUAAGGCAAUGAGGCUGCAGGGAAGGUUGAGCCCGGAAGAGAUGAGCAAGAUAGUGAGAGAUGCAGAGAGGUACAAGGCAGAAGAUGAGGAUCAGAAGGACUCGUUUGAGUAUUAUGCUUAUGGGAUUAGCAACAGAUUGAAUAAGCUUGAGAAUUCUGCUUAUGAGAUGGGCGUCAAUUUACAGAAGCUUGAGAAGUAUGCUGAUGAGAUGAGAUACAAUUUGCGGAAGGUUGAAAAGUUAGUGGAGGAUGUGUUGGAAAAGGUAAAUGUUUUAGAGAGUGAAAGAGGGUGGAUUGGAGAGUUAAAGAUAGAUGUAUGAUGAGAAUAUAUGUGAAAAUGAGAUAAGAGAAACAACGAUAUCAAUUUAUCAUAGUUGGUUGGAGAAUGUACUUUUGAUUCAGAAAUUUUCACUUAUGGGUCAAUACACAAGCAUUUUUUGCACA